UUCACCUGCUCCACCUCCCAUAUAUUUAGCACCAGCACUAGCAUCUCCCACCGGGCCAUCACUUGCUACUACCUCAGGAAACCCAGCUCACUUGGAUCAGCAUACAGAUCAUGAGGACUUCAUUGAUGGUCCUGGCCUCUCUCCUCCUCCUCCUGGUUCUGGUUACAACAGCACAUGGGAUUCGGCUGGACAGGCACCUGCAUGAAGCACUGGACAACAAGCAGGAACGACUGGCCGGGCAGCUAACCAAACCCAAUGGCGCCGCUGAUUCGGCAGGCAGCAAGCCCUGCACGGCCGAUGGGAAUUGCUCAGGAAAGGCGAAAAAGCCACCGUCGCCGCACGCUCACGCCGAAACGGACGACGACGCAUCAGCGAAGCAUCAGAUACCCCCGAAGAGGAACGACGGCAACGCGCAGGUGACCAGCCACGGUGGCGAUCAGGAGGAGCCGACGCUGCCGCAGAAGAAGAAAUGGUCCCGCCGGGCGCUUCCGCGGCGGCCAAAGCAGCAGGAGACGAGGACGUACCCGGACCUGAUCGACAUCGCCGGGAUGGACUACUCGCCGGCCGCCAGAAAGCCCCCCAUCCACAACUGAAUCUAGCGCGAGCACACACGGAUCGAUCCAUCGAUAAUAUUGGCGAGGAGUACGUAGAUUACCAGUACGCGGCUACUGGUUUAUUAGUUUUGUCUUAGCUAUUAGCUAUGCUACGAUCCUGAUGGAGUAGAAUAGUGCGGUACAGCUAAUUAUUAAUCAAGUGGUGACUGAUACUACGAUACUACGGGACAGAGACAGCGUCGCCGGAAUCGCUGCGCCUUUUGUGAAGACUCAAGACGAUCGUCCUACUGGCAGUACACACCAAAACUUGGCGUUUCCCUCUCGAGUUUCCCGCGAUUUGUAGUAACAUGCAUGCAUGCAUGCCCGUGUAUGUAUGUAAAAUAGCACCGCCGUUUGACCUCUAGUUAUAUACU